AUGCAUGCUGACAAGGACGUGGCAGUUGGCAUCUUUACGACGGAUGUCUGCAUCAUUGGCGGAGGACCGACUGGUCUCUUCACUGGCCUUUUGCUUCACCGACUCGGAGUGUCCAUCUGCGUUAUAGACGCCAAGCCUGGUCCACUCGAGUUAGGAAGAGCCGAUGCGCUCAAUGCGCGAACGCAGCAGUAUCUUGAGGUAGCAGAUUUGUUGGACGAGCUGCUCCCCGUCGGUCUCAAGUGCAACACAAGCUCUACAUUCGCGGAAGGAGAGUUCAAAUCACGACAAAAUGCAUGGUGGGUUGGUCUGGAGCAUGCCCUGCACAAAAACUUCCUCAUGGUUGGGCAGCCAGUGAUUGAGAAGAUGCUGGCCAGUCGACUAGCAGGGCUGGUUAGGUUUGGUGAAGAAGUUGUCUCCAUCACCGAGGACGAGAGCUCGGUCGAGGUCGUCACAGAUUGCGGGCUUAAAGUGCGAAGCAAAUACGCCGUAGGAAGCGACGGCGCUCGCUCCUUGGUCCGAAAGCAGAUCGGGGCCGCGUUCACGGGCACCAAGCCCGAGAUGCUGUGGGCUGUACUGGACACAUUCAUCGACACUGAUUUCCCAGCGUGCCCGGAAAUCAUUACGUUUGAGCACAAUGGACAAUCGCGGGUGUCUUGGAUUCCGCGAGAAAGAGGAAUGUGCCGCUUCUAUGUUCUUCUCGAGGGCCGCGUCAGCCAGGCUCUGGCUGAAGAGUCAAUCAAGAAGCAUCUGGCCCCGCACAGUGUCGAGUUUAAGAAGACGGAAUGGUACAGCACGUUUGAAGUCAAGGAGAGGAUAGCCUCGACGUUUGUGUCGAGAGACGGGGCCGGUCGCAUCCUUCUCGCGGGGGACGCGGCUCAUGUUCACUCGGUGAAUGGCGGCCAAGGUCUCAACACGGGCAUGUCUGAUGCGUUUGGCCUGGCCUGGCGCCUGGCGACAGCCGUCAGCGACGCGCCGCAGCUGCAACGCGGGGCUGCAGAAACCAUUCUCCGCAGCUACGACACAGAACGGCGAAGCAUCGCUCGGGACGUGAUUGACGUCGCAGCCCGGCUGGUUCGACAUACCGUCCACACGGCCGAGCAGUACGUGGGCACCAUCGAGAAGAAUGCCGGCUACAUCACCGGCAUGGGCGUGACGUACAGCGAAUCUGCUUCACCGCUGGUGAAAGCGUCAGAGCUCGGCCCGUGGAAGGCAGGCAAUCGAUGCCCAGACAUGAUCGUCGCGCAUGCCGACGGCGGCGAGACCAGGUUGUACACGGAAGCAUCGUACGGCAAGUACAUUGUACUGCAGGUAGGAAAAGGCGAGGACGCCAGCGCCGACUUUGGAUUCCGACAUGUGGCAGAGAUCUACCGCGUCGCACCGUCUACGGCAGCGAGAGCUGAUUCUGGUUCUGCCACUGCUUCUGCUGCCACUGCUUCUGCCACCGGUCGAGACCGCCGGUACAUUGCUGAUUGGGUUGCGGGGGACCAAGCGUACUUUGUUGUCGUCCGACCCGACAUGUACAUUGGGUUUGUCGGCCGAGACAAGCUGGAAGCGCAGCAGUAUCUGGCGGACUUGUACCUGACAUAG